AUGGACGCUUGGAUCUUCACCCUACAUGUCCUGACACUCUGCUGCCUCCUUCACGGCUCCCUGCAGGGCGUGUACCAACGGCGCCUCUACAAGGAGCUGAUGAGGAACUACAACCCGUUAGAGCGACCGGUCAGCAACGACUCCCACAGCCUGACCGUCCACUUCAGCUUCAGCCUGCUGCAGAUCAUGGACGUGGAUGAGAAGAACCAGGUGCUGACCACCAACAUCUGGCUGCAGCUGUAUUGGACAGAUUUCUACCUGCAGUGGAACAUGUCCGACUAUCCAGGUGUGACCAACGUCAGAUUCCCCGACAGCCAGAUCUGGAGGCCCGACAUCCUGCUGUACAACAGUGCUGAUGAAAGGUUCGACGCCUCCUUCCACACCAACAUCCUGGUCAACUCCACCGGCUACUGCCAGUACCUGCCGCCAGGAAUAUUCAAGAGCACCUGCUACAUCGACGUUCGCUGGUUUCCGUUCGACGUGCAGCGCUGCGACCUGAAGUUCGGCUCGUGGACGUACGGCGGCUGGUCUCUGGACCUGCAGAUGAUCGAGGCCGAUGUCACCGGAUACAUCGCCAACGGAGAGUGGGACCUCGUGGAGGUUCCAGGUCGGAGGAACGAGCGUUUCUACGACUGCUGUAAGGAGCCGUACCCUGACGUGACCUUCACCGUGGUGAUGAGGAGGAGGACGCUCUACUACGGACUCAACCUCCUCAUUCCCUGCGUCCUCAUCUCCACCCUCGCGCUCCUCGUCUUCCUCCUGCCCGCCGACUCUGGAGAGAAGAUCUCGCUGGGUAUCACAGUGUUGCUCUCUCUGACCGUGUUCAUGCUGCUCGUAGCUGAAAUCAUGCCGGCCACGUCUGACUCUGUUCCCCUCAUAGCUCAGUAUUUUGCGACCACCAUGGUGAUCGUGGGUCUCUCUGUUAUCGCUACAGUCCUGGUCCUUCAGUAUCAUCACCACGACCCUGACGGAGGACACAUGCCGCGAUGGACCCGUGUGAUUUUGUUGAACUGGUGUGCCUGGUUCCUGCGGAUGCGGCGUCCUGGCGAGGCAAAGAUCCAUCUGGCGUGCCACAACGCCACGAAGCGUCGGCGCGGCAGCCUGUCCAGCCUGGAGCUGAGCGUCAGUCAGGGGUCUCUGCGACAUCACCCGCAUGAAACCAACGGCAACCUCCUGUAUGUCGGCUUCCAGGGCGUGGAGGGGCUGCGCUACGCCUCCCCUGCUGAACCUGAGCUCCUCUGUUCGCGGCUGGUUGGAGGGGAGGAGGAUGUGCUGAGAGCAUGUGGCGGAGCUGGAGGAAGAGGAGGAGGAGCGGUGGCAGGCUCGACCCUAGAGGCGGAGCUAAACCAGAUCCUGGAGGAGGUGAGAUACAUCGCCAGGCGUUUCCGCGGCCAGGAUGAGGAGGAGACGGUCUGCAGCGAGUGGAAGUUUGCUGCCGCGGUGAUCGACCGUUUAUGUCUCGUUGCGUUCUCGCUCUUCACCAUCUUGUGCACCAUCGGCAUCCUCAUGUCAGCUCCCAACUUUGUGGAGGCCAUUUCCAAAGAUUUCUUCAGCUGAGGAGGAGCACAGGUGACAGCUGAUACCUGACCUUUAUUAUUGUCAACAAAUCACGUGACUACACCAACAUUGUCCAUCUCCCACUUCCUGUCUGUGGCUCUCAGCUCCCAUUGGUUCCUGCUGAAGACAGAAAACACCUCACAAAUCUGGUUUCAUGUUGAAAAAGGUUCGGUAAUCUCCUGGAGCUGCUGCUCACUGGGGUUUAGAUCUGUUUGGAUUCAGAUUCCAGCAGUGAGCCAGUUUAACAGUGAAGAUCCGUCAAAUGUUCAUAAGCUCAGUAUCUCCACAUGUGUUCUUGAUGAGUCACAGCUCAGUAGCUGCUCACCUUUGUCGUUCACCUGUGGACUACCUGCCUGCCCAGUGAGCGUCU